AUUUAACAAUAUAUCUUAAAUUCUCACACUGUGUGUGUAUAUAUGUGUGGUUGAGUGUCUUUGUGUGUGUGGGUCCAUGGGUGGGUGUGUGGGUCAGGUUUUAUUGUUAAUUGUUGCUUUUAGCCUCUGUAAGGCACUUUGAACUGCGUUUUUUUUGUCUGAAAGGUGCCAUAAAAAUAAAGCUGAAUUUGAAUUUAAGUUAUCAAAAAAUAUACUUGGGUAGCUAGUUGUCAUUCAUGUGCGGGAAACACUGUCUUAAAGGUUUGCUAAAUCUUGCUUCUCAGCGAGUGUGGCAGACUCGGAGUUAGGAUGAUUUGAUCUUUUCUGCUAUAAAACUGGUAGCGUACACUAUAUAGGUACAAUAUAAAAUUGUUGAAUGAGCCUUUAAAACGUAUAAUAAAAGUGCUGUCAAAAAUCAGUCACUUUUGUCACCAAAUAAUGUUUAUUCACACAUAAUUGCUGGUAAAAGUCCUUUCACUUUUCCUCCCUUGGCUGACUCUGUGGGUGAAAUAGUUAAUUUUUUUACUCAGGAAAUGUAUCAGUCUGUAGAAACCACCGUCUGCAGCAUCUGCAAGCGGCUUCCUUUGAUUACGCUUUGGCAGCUAACUGUUGGGCCCUCUCCGCUCUGUAACCUUUCAGCAGCUGGUUGAUAAGAGUGAGUUCAUUCUCCUUUUUCGCGGGAUACAGAGGAGGGAAGGGGUUGCCUUUGUACUCCAGCACGGCCAUCUUGGCUCUGUCCAGAUUCGCUCGGUUUGGGAUGCGAGCCAUCCGUGUGUAGCUAUUCGACUGAGUCUCAAACCGUGGGGCGAGGACCUUGAACAGCUUUGGGACCAGAUCUUUUUCCUGAAAAGAGGAAGCAGAGUCGACUGAGAAGAAGCUUUUCAUUGAAGAUUUCUAAUUAAGAAGGAAGACGGUGUGAAACUUUAAACAGCUGAGACAGCAGAAGAUACGUACUGUCAUCCAGAAGCUCGCCAUUUUCAUCGCCUUCUCAUCAGUGUCUCCCUUUUUGGCGUAGUCAAUCAGCUGGGAACAAGAAUACAAAGAGUGAUGAUCAUUGUGGAUAAAAGAGAAAAAAAAUGACUGAGAAUAAGUGCGUGUGAAUAAAUAGGCAUGUGAUGCUGUGAUCAUCCAAUCAUCUGUUUUCAUCUACUAACAUGCAACAUCGUGUAAGUGUUAACCAACUAAACGUCAUGAUUUAUACAAAAUGAUGAAGCCUAGUGAACCAUUUUUGACUUAUUCUUUCUCAGGCUAAAUUUCUGAGACACUUGUCUGUUCUUCUACAACCAUUUUUAAGUCUAACUGGACUCCUGCACUUGAAGCCAAAAGAUGAUGUUGUGUCAACAGCGCUGUGACGUCUGUGGUUUUGUAAUGAGCUGCUCAGUAUUCAUAUGUGGUUGAAAUGUUUGGGUGUCCACAGACUUAUUCGAGUAUUAAGUAUUAUUGCUGUUUGGACUCCUGGAGAAAAUUUGAUUUAUAUGCAAAUGUGACUCAGAUGAUUAAAUUGAAAUUGAACUGCCAACAUAACGGACAGCAGCUGUAUGCACAUCCUGCCGAAUUAAGUCCAGAUGAAAAAAUAAUUUUUAAUUGAAGGAGAAGCGGACUUCAGUUUGAGAAAUCAAUUUAAGUUUUAAAAGGCAAAAGUAGGAUAUGAUGUUGAAGUAGGUUAGGAUGUUGAAUUAAUUAAUUGAUUUACUUUUUCUCUUUUAACGACUUUCUCAAAGUCUGCUUUAGUUUUUCUUAUUGUCAUUCAUUAUAUUUAAACUGACUCAACACAAAUGUAUUUUUUCAUCAAAGUGUUCAACAAUGAAGACAACAACUAUCCAAACAGACAGAACUGUCUUUUUCCAACCUCUCUGGGAAAAGGUCAUAUUCUCUGGGUUCAAAAAUGAGGUAACAUUAUGCAGCGAGGUGUGCAUCUUUCCAUUUAAGUAAUAUUAAACAAGGUUACAAAUGCAACACUUCAUCUAUUUUAAUGAUGCAUGUGAAAUAGUAUCACAAAUUUCUAACCUUAUGUGACAUUAAUGUAACUGUUUUAAGGAUACUUAGAGAGCGGGUGUUAUAUUGUCACUCUGAUUGUUUCUCAGCAGCUUCACAUGAUUUACAGUUCAACAUAUUUCAGGCUGCUGUCUGAAAGGCUUCUUUGCAGCCAACGCCGUUUUAGGUCGCCCCCAGUACUCCAGAACCAUGCACUCUGGAAGCCUCCUUCACUGUUGCCAUUAAACAAAGUUGUGUUUACUUUUUUUUUAAAAAUGGCAAAUUUGCCCUUUAACAGAGAUUCACUUCUGAUGGUGUCACAAAUUGAGAAAAUCUUAUAUUUAUCAUGCUAUAUCCUCAUGCAACUUCUGAAGUUCCGUGUGAGGAUUUCUUCAAUGCGCAUUAACGUGGAUCUCAAACUUUGCUCAGGUUUAGCACUGACUUCCAACAUUUUAGCUAAACACAUGAAAAAAGAAAAACGCCACCUUUUUAUCCAUCGUGUAGUCAUUUCAAAAACACAAUUUUGAAUGAUUUUGACUUUUUAAUGUGCAUCUGUAAUUGAAUUAGAAUAUAAGACAUCAGGUUUAACGAAAAAAAUACUCCUCUCUAUUUUUAUAAAUUUUUAGAUUUAGGAUGCAAACAUGAGAAUAGAGUCAAACUUUCUCACUGGCAUCAUCAGAAUAAUUACAAACAUGAUCUUUAUGGUCGUUUCACGGUCUUCUCGUUAAUCAGACGCAAACAGUAUUUAGAGGUCAUCGUCACCUUUUCAGCGUAGAAGCGGACUUCAUCUGCCCGGGCCAGAGUGGUCUCGAUCCUCUCAUGCCGAACCAGUCCUGUCAGAAUGUUCCUCAGCAUGUGGAUCCGGGACUCCGGGCCUAAACCGAUCCUCCGGGCAACCCGACCGUGAGAGAUCAACAUCCGCAGCGAGAGACGCAUCUUGUCCGGGUUGAUUAGUCCGAGGAAUACAGCAGAGAAAUACGGUAGGAGAGAAAAAAAUUAACACGAUUAUGUUUCUGUCAUCAGAGUUUUCCUUGACUCUAAAUCAAACACCUCUGUUUCUAACGACGGUCAUGUCUGGUGCGUCGUCAAAUAAGUCCGACUUGAAACCGGAACCAUUGAGCAUCAGUUCCGCUUAAAGCAAUGUAACCAGAAAUGAAUACAACUGUUCUGCUAUAAAAUUAUAUAUAUAUAUAUAUAUAUAUAUAUAUAUAUAUAUAUAUAUAUAUAUAUAUAUAUAUAAAAUAUAUUUUAUAUAUUUUUCUUAAACUGCAUCUUUAAAAACAGGAGUUUACAAAGAAAAAGCAGAGUAAAUACAAUUUAUGACAGCAGGGGAGAAAUGAGAAGAUUUUACUCAACAAUAUUUUUAUUACUUUUAAACAGAUUAAUACGGUACAUCUCUUGAUGUUCAUAUUUUCCCUUAAAACCCUGUCUACUGCUGUUGAUAUUUCUAAUACUGUGCUGAGUUAACAAAUUCUGGAGCUAAAACAGAAAUGAAAAAAGAAACAAACAAGUAAGAGCUGGAAUUUUGGUUUUGUAAAUCUUGAAAUAUAUAAGAUGUUGAGAAAUAAACAGUAAAAAGAAAAUAAGUGAAAUGUCCAGAAUCUAAUAUUUUAAAGACAAUAAGAUUUCGCAGAAGAGGGAUAAGAAUGAGAAAAAUGAAGCCAAAAGGAAAAUCUAAAGAUAGAUAAUAUCACUACAGAAUAAAAACAGAUUAAAACAUGAGGAGCAGUGAGAUACAAAUAAACCAAUUAAUAAAUGAACAAAUCAAUAUGUCACUAUAUAUGUGAUCAAGGACAGUAAAGGAAGAGGUCAUAUGAGGGCUUUGUUUUGUAAGAUUAGUUUAAGGUACAAUAAAAGCAAGUCAUACAAUUCUAUGGCGCUUAAGAGCAGUAUAAAUGGUGCAAUAACAGUCACUUUUGAAUAUUUCUCGCACUUCGUAAAUAUUUCUCUUAUACUUUUAUUUGUCUUUAAUAUUUUUUGUAUCCUUAUUUUGUUGUAUUCCUUCAGUACCUAUUGUGUGUUUUAUCUGUACUCCUUUUUGUCGAGCGGUCCUCUCAUCCAGGGCAUUUUUAUUGCAUUGUUGACCUUGUUUAACACACACAUGACAAAUAAACAAAUCUUGAUCUCUUGAAAUGAAGGAUUUAACAAACACUUUGAAAUAACUACCCCUGAAUUUUCUUUGACACCAAGAGCAUAAAAACAUAUAAAUGACAAAGGCAUUAACAGCCUCAUAAAAAAAACACAGUGAGCAUUAAAGGAAGUCAUCAAAAAGUACAUCAUGAGAACAUGAUGGACUUUACUGAACAGAAACAGCUGUGGCAGAGGUACAGUUUGACACGCCCUGCAGCUCACGUACCUCACUUUUACCCUUAUAACAGGACAUCCAGAAUUACUUACGUUGUUUCAGCUGACACUUCACAAAUAUAUAACAGUCAAGAUACACAGAUGGCAGACUCACAGCGGCUUGUGGUCAAAUGCCAUCCUAAGACCACUCACAUGGUGAAAGCAUGGGCAGGAAUGGAGACACGGGUGGGUUUGCUCAGCAGUUUCACCAGCAAGGACUGAUACUGUAGCAUGCCAUCCAACCAACAGUGAAUGUAAAAGAGGAGGGCUGACUUAUGUGUGAGCUGUCCGUACAUAAGUUAUCUUCGAUGGUAAUGAUAAAAUGGACAUAUGUCUCUGCAAAGAAUAGAAUAUGUUUUAUUGAAACACAAAUCUGACAAAAACAAAAACAAUCAAGCGCUGCAGUACUCUGUAUGCAAGUUGUUUCUGAAAAGACGAUGCUUUCUUUAAGUGUUUAUACGAACUCCAAGGACAGCUGAAUAAUAAAAAGAUGUGUAAGACCCUUCCCAACUAAAAUUGAGUUAAACACAGAUUCAUAGUUUUAUAAUCAGUACCAGAUUCUGCCUCAAACGUAGACUUUGAAAUCUGGUGUGUAAUGAGAUGUUGUUGUUCUGGUUUGCUCUGAGUACAGCACAGCAUGUUUUGAACGGGUCAUCAUUAUUUUCCCGACCUUCACUCAGUCUGAGAUGCAGGUCCAGGUGGAGUUUCUCUCACUGUCUGAGUCACUGACUCGCUGCAGCAUCUGGUGAUGAAAACUGCUGGGACUUCUCCUCUAGUAGAGCAACAACUUUUAAAGUUUACAAUAAAAAACUAAUUUAUCUUUCAAUUCACUUCAGAUCAAAUCAAAUUGGUCUAACAAUUUCACAUAACAACUCUACCAUGACAGCGCCAAAGUGAGGAAUGAGCGAAGAAUGAGUCUGCAUUAGUGUUGUUUGCUCAAAAGAUAUUAGAUGUUUUUUCUUGGAACAAGGUUUCUGCAGACUUGAAUGUUAAAGCGUUUAUGUAAUUUUGACUGAGAUUAAUGGUAAUUUAGUUUUUAUGUGAAACAGUUUUUCAUGAAAGAAGAAAUGACUAAAAACAAAAAUGGAAGGAAACUUAGCAGCAGAAGAUCGGCCUAUAGCAAAUAUAUCCCAGAGAGUGACAUGACAUACAGUGUCAAUCAGCUAGGAGCUUAUUGGACAUGAGGAACUUAAAUUGGACGACAAAGGCAGCGGUGGCCAGCAUAGGAGUGUCAUCAUCUGUUUUCAUGACUAAAAUAUCAAACAGUGUGAUACUAGAGUCAUCCUAUCUGUAAAUCAUGGUUUUAUAUUUUAAAAGAGAACAUGGAUUAAUUUUGAAUGACUUAUUUAUUUGUCCAAAGACAUGACUGUGGACACUAAAAAGAGAGAGUGUGUUACAAGAAAAUAAAGCGAAACAAGCUUCUGCCAACCCAAGCAGUUGAUUUUUAGUCUGCCUCUAAUAUUGGUUAUAGCUGAACAUGGUUGGGCAUUUUGGGGUGGCCAAUCACAUUUCAAGUGUGUGUUUGUGGUGAUGGGGGGCAGUGCCACACCUUGCCACGCCCACUUGCAUACCUUCUUUAGUCUAUGUCAUUUGUGCUUUCUCUGAGAUAUCCUGUUUGUGCAGAGUUCAACUCUGCUGCUGAAAUGAUUUUUUUAUUUUUUUUAUUUUUGCACAAACAGGCAAUAAACUGUAACUAUUUCUAGAACCAGCAGGAUGUUUAACAUCUUUUCCCUUUGUAAGAAAUAAAUAACCAAAAGCAGAUGUUUUGAAUUGAAGUUUUAUUGACUCAGAUGGUAAAUGGCUGCAUAUUGCCCAAACUCAACAACACUGUCGGAGUAAAAAUGAGGAAAGAAAGGCAGCAGAGUAAGAUGUUGGUCACAUGAUCAGACUUAGUAGCUGGCCAUGGUGCUCUCCAGCCAGUCGUUGAAGAUGCAGACCUGUCAGUGGAGACAGAACAAGGUUUUAGCCCAACACUUGUCAUGAUUAAAUAUCACUUGUACUUAUUGUGACGAGAUAGUGAAGGUUCACCUUGGCGUAGACACCGGGAUGGUCCUUCUCGGCACAUCCGUAUCCCCAGGACACAACACCCUGCAGCUGACCGUUGCACACAACGGGGCCACCGGAGUCACCCUGUGAAAAGAGAGCAAAGGGUGUCGAACAAGUCUCACUAAGAUUUCACAGUUUUUUCUGUCUGAAGACUGAAUGACAUACCUGGCAAGAGUCCUUGCCUCCCUCCAGGUAUCCAGCGCAGAACAUGGCAUCGGUGAUCUGGCCAGGGUAGGAGUUCUUACAGUCCCUGUCGGACAGGAUGGGGAUGUUCAGGCACUGCAGCUUGUCACCGUCAGCAGCUGAAAAUGGAGAGAGAAACUUAAAAAGGUCAAGCUGAUGUUUCAGUGCAGCACAGACUUACAUUUGGAGUAAACAAUGCAGGAUUCAUACUCACAGGAGCUCUGAGUGUUACCCCAGCCAGAGACCUUGCACAUGGUGCCAGCGGAAGCACAGCUGGUGGGCAGAGCCACGGGCUGCACGUACUGGUUGAGGGUGGCGGGUGUGCUCAGCUUGAUCAGCAUGAUAUCAUUAUCAAUGUCCCAGGAGCUGUACCUAGGGUGGCGGAUGACGCGGGAAGACUUGAUGAACUGCUCAGUACCCUCGUUGAUCCUGAUGUGAUGCUCUCCAAGACGCACCUCAAUACGACUAAAAGAAAACCAAGACAAGAAGCCGAUUACACACAAACAACCAUCAAAUAUAACUCCUUACACCUCAGGAAAACAUGAAGACUGUGCUUACGACUUGUAGCAGUGAGCAGCAGACACAACCCAGUUCUCGUUCACCAGGGAGCCUCCACAGAAGUGGUAGCCAGAUUGCAGAGAGACCUGAUGGGGCUGGGAGUGGGGUGUGCACUCAUACCCUCCGACGAUCUUGUCGUCGUCAGUGGCGACUGAAAAUGCACAAGAGGCCCAAUAAUGAACAACCAAGAGAACAUUUUUUUAGAGCUCAGACAAGUACAAGUCAAUACAAGCAGAGGUUUGGGUGCUUACAGGCAGCUCCGAUGAGCAGAACGAAGACCAGAGACCUCAUGAUUGCUGAGUGAUCUUGUGGAUGAAGGUCUUAGGUUGGAGUCCUGGUUUAUAUACGAUUGUUCCUCUCUCUAAACACACCCCCAUAGAUGUUUUAAACCAAUCGAGAUCCUGGAAAACUCUGGGUAUAGGAUAAGCAAAUAUUUGCUUUGCUGUGCGGUGGUGUGCACUGGAAUUCUGCACGAGUUAUUUGCUUUAAGUUUUUGGAGAAACAGAAAUACUGUUGUGUUAAAAUUGGCGCAAUAAUGUAAAAAAAUAUUCUUGGUACAACUUUCAUUGGCUGAAUGAUGUGAGGAAGAAAACAAUAUAUAUUUAUGUAAUAAUAUCUUAAAAUGAGGUGGGAAUUACCACAGUAUCUCAAUCAAACAUCAAAUGUGUCUUUAUAUGCAGAUGACUCUCUUUUGAUGUGUGAUUAUGUUGAAUUUGUGUAAGCAAGGGCACAUGAAGGAAUGGUUGACAUUGAAAUGGGUGGAUCUGUGCUGUUAAGGCUUGUCUGCAGCUCUGCAGAUGGCCUGAUUCACAACCAGAGGUUACUGAUUGUGGCUUUCACAGGAAAACCAGCCACGUAUUCUUUGCAGAAGCUGCAGCACUAUGACAACAUCCACGUAGAUAAAAUCUGUACAUCCAAACUCAACGUGAGACAGCUUUUCAGGGAAUAAACUUUUACUUUCAUUGUGUCAAUAAAACAACAGAUUUUUAUUUAUCAAGCUCAUAGACCGUAUAUACUAUGGACAACUUGGUUCCGCCUUCCACCUGUGUACGGAUUUGAAGCCCAAAAGCUCUCGGUAUUUCCGGGAUUUUUCUUCAUUUCCUGAAACCAGCGCUGCGCAGUAGCGAUGCGCGCAUUCGGACGCGCAGUCGCAGAGAGUCGCUGUGAUGACGCUCGGCUCAAACAGCGUAUCCCCCGGGAGAGCUACUCAAUCCCUGAACGCCCAUAGGCUGUAUCAGGUGUCAAUCAAAGAAAACAUCAAAAUUCAAUCAAUCAAUCAAAUUUUAUUUAUAUAGCGCCAAUUCACAACAGUCGUCAUCUCAAGACGCUUUUCAAGGAACAAGAGCAGGUCUAGACCACGCUCAUUGUUUGAUAAACAUCAAACAUUGUUUGAAAACAUGAACCCCUUAAUAACUUUUAAAAACGGAGCUGUACAGAAAAAAGAGGACUUGAGCACAAACCAGUCUUACAAUAACUACAUGUCAACAUCACAAGCAGGGGGGAGAAAAAAUUAUGUUCUGUGUAAUAAAUUUCUGAAUGUUGUCCACAGUCCCAUAAGCUUUGCUGGCGGAGGCGGGGUUUAUGACCUAUACUGCAGCCCGUCAACAGAGGGUGCUGUUCUCGGAGUGGCUUCACCCAGCGAGGUGGUAGACUCUGUCCAUUCUAUAUACAGUCUAUGGUAUAAAGUCCUUGUCUUUCACUCUGUCUUGUUGGUUCAUUGUAUGUCAAUGUGUGUGUAUUUGUCGGUCAGUGAGUGUCUUAGACAGUCAUCGUAGUAUCCCUAGUCUUUUUGUGUUUUUUUCCCCAGUGCCUCUUCUUUGAUUUUUUCUCCUUGUUUUUUUUAUUAUUUUUAUUUUUUAAGUUUUUGUUGUUGCUUUUUUUCCAUUUAGUUCUUCAUAAUUCUUUUUUUUUGGUCUGCUCAUGACAAAUAUGUUAAUAAGAAGGUGCGCUGGUGGCCUUGUGGUCUGAGUGCCUCACAUGUAAAGGCUUUAAUCUUCCCCCAGUAUCUGCUCUACACAUUUUCUGUCCACCCCAAAUUAAACCUUUUAAAAAGUCUCGAAGAUAAUCUCUCAACCUGUCCAAUCACUUUUGGUUUCUUGCAGCGACUCCUUACAUGAACAAGUUGCAGUGUCCUGUCCUUUGAGAACAAUUGUAUCCUGGCAAAAUAAAAUCUGUACCUGAUAUUUACCCGUGAUUUUAUUACAUAGCCAAACUAGUGCAUUUAGAUAAGUGCUUGUCCUGUUGUCCUACAGUGUCAAUCAGCUAGGAGCUUAUUGGACAUGAGGAACCUCAAUGGGAUGACAAAGGCAGCGGUGGCCAGCAUAGGAGUGUCAUCAUCUGUUUUCAUGACUAAAAUAUCAAACAGUGUGAUAUUAGAGUCAUCCUAUCUGUAAAUAAUGGUUUUAUAUUUCAAAAGAGAACAUGGAUUAAUUUUGAAUGACUUAUUUAUUUGUCCAAAGACAUGACUGUGGACACAAGUCUGCCUCUAAUAUUGGUUAUAGCUGAACAUGGUUGGGCAUUUUGGGGUGGCCAAUCACAUUUCAAGUGUGUGUUUGUGGUGAUGGGCCACACCUUGCCACACCCACUUGCAUACCUUCUUUAGUCUAUGUCAUUUAUGCUUUCUCUGAGAUCUCCUGUUUGUGCAGAGUUCAACUCUGCUGCUGAACUGAUUUUUAUUUUUUUAUUUUUGCACAAACAGGCAAUAAACUGUAACUAUUUCUUGAACCAGCAGGAUGUUUAACAUCUUUUCCCUUUGUAAGAAAUAAAUAACCAAAAGCAGAUGUUUUGAAUUGAAGUUUUAUUGACUCAGAUGGUAAAUGGCUGCAUAUUGCUCAAACUCAACAACACUGUCGGAGUAAAAAUGAGGAAAGAAAGGCAGCAGAGUAAGAUGUUGGUCACAUGAUCAGACUUAGUUGCUGGCCAUGGUGCUCUCCAGCCAGUCGUUGAAGAUGCAGACCUGUCAGUGGAGACAGAACAAGGUUUUAGCCCAACACUUGUCAUGAUUAAAUAUCACUUGUACUUAUUGUGAAGAGAUAGUGAAGGUUCACCUUGGCGUAGACACCGGGAUGGUCCUUCUCGGCACAUCCGUAUCCCCAGGACACAACACCCUGCAGCUGACCGUUGCACACAACGGGGCCACCGGAGUCACCCUGUGAAAAGAGAGCAAAGGGUGUCGAACAAAUCUCACUAAGAUUUUACAACAGUUUUUUUUCUGUCUGAAGACUGAAUGACAUACCUGGCAAGAGUCCUUGCCUCCCUCCAGGUAUCCAGCGCAGAACAUGGCAUCGGUGAUCUGGCCAGGGUAGGAGUUCUUACAAUCCCUCUCGGACAGGAUGGGGAUGUUCAGGCACUGCAGCUUGUUACCGUCAGCAGCUGAAAAUGGAGAGAGAAACUUAAAGGUCAAGCUGAUGUUUCAGUGCAGCACAGACUUACAUUUGAAGAAAACAAUGCAGGAUUCAUACUCACAGGAGCUCUGAGUGUUACCCCAGCCAGAGACCUUGCACAUGGUGCCAGCGGGAGCACAGCUGGUGGGCAGAGCCACGGGCUGCACGUACUGGUUGAGGGUGGCGGGUGUGCUCAGCUUGAUCAGCAUGAUAUCGUUGUCAAUGUCCCAGGAGCUGUACCUGGGGUGGCGGAUGACGCGGGAAGACUUGAUGAACUGCUCGGUACCCUCGUUGACCUUGAUGUGAUGCUCUCCAAGACGCACCUCAAUACGACUAAAAGAAAACCAAGACAAGAAGCCGAUUACACACAAACAACCAUCAAAUAUGACGCUUUACACACCAGGAAAACAUGAAGACUGUGCUUACGACUUGUAGCAGUGAGCAGCAGACACAACCCAGUUCUCGUUCACCAGGGAGCCUCCACAGAAGUGGUAGCCAGAUUGCAGAGAGACCUGAUGGGGCUGGGAGUGGGGUGUGCACUCAUACCCUCCGACGAUCUUGUCGUCGUCAAUGGCGACUGAAAAUGCACAAGAGGCCCAAUAAUGAACAACCAAGAGAACAUUUUUUUAGAGCUCAGACAAGUACAAGUCAAUACAAGCAGAGGUUUGGGUGCUUACAGGCAGCUCCGAUGAGCAGAACGAAGACCAGAGACCUCAUGAUUGCUGAGUGAUCUUGUGGAUGAAGGUCUUAGGUUGGAGUUCUGGUUUAUAUACGAUUGUUCCUCUCUCUAAACACACCCCCAUAGACGUUUUAAACCAAUCGGGAUCCUGGAAAAUUCUGGGUAUAGGAUAAGCAAAUAUUUGCUUUGCUGAGUGGUGGUGUGCACUGGAAUUCUGCACGAGUUAUUUGCUUUAAGUUUUUGGAGAAACAGGAAUACUGUUGUGUUAAAAUUGGUGCAACAAUGUGAAAAAACAUUCUUGGUACAACUUGCAUUGGCUGAAUGAUGUGAGGAAGUAAACAAUAUAUAUUUAUGCAAUAAUAUUUUAAAAUAAGGUGGGAAUUACCACAGUAUCUCAAUCAAACAUCAAAUGUGUCUUUAUAUGCAGAUGACUCUCUUUUGAUGUGUGAUUGUGUUGAAUUUGUGUAAGCAAGGGCACAUGAAGGAAUGGUUGACAUUGAAAUGGGUGGAUCUGUGCUGUUAAGGCUUGUCUGCAGCUCUGCAGAUGGCCUGAUUCACAACCAGAGGUUACUGAUUGUGGCUUUCACGGGAAAACCAGCCACGUAUUCUUUGCAGAAGCUGCAGCACUAUGACAACAUCCACGUAGAUAAAAUCUGUACAUCCAAACUCAACGUGAGACAGCUUUUCAGAGAAUCAACUUUACUUUCAUUGUGUCAAUAAAACAACUGACUUUUAUUUAUCAAGCUCAUAGACUGUUUAUACUAUGGACAACUUGGUUCCGCCUUCCACCUGUGUACAGAUUUGAAGCCCAAAAGCUCUCGGUAUUUCUGGGAUUUUUCUUCAUUUCCUGAAACCAGCGCUGCGCAGUAGCGAUGCACGCAUUCGGAGGCGCAGUCGUAGAGAGUUGCUGUGAUGACGCUCGGCUCAAACAGCGUAUCCCCCGGGAGAUCGACUCAAUCCCUGAACGCCCAUAGGCUGUAUCAGGUGUCAAUCAUAGAAAACAUGAACCCCCUAAUAACUUUUAAAAACGAAGCUGUACAGAAAAAAGAGGACUUGGGCACAAACCAGUCUUACAAUAACUACAUGUCAACAUCACAAGCAGGGGGGAGAAAAAUGUAUAUUCUGUGUAAUAGAUUUCUAAAGUUUGUCCACAGCUCCAUAAGCUUUGCUGGCGGGGGCGGGAUUUAUGACCUAUACUGCAGCCAGUCAACAGAGGGUGCUGUUCUCGGAGUGGCUUCACCCAGCGAGGAGGCGGACUCUGUCCAUUCUAUAUACAGUCUAUGGUAUAAAGUCCUUGUCUUCCACUCUGUCUUGUUGGUUCAUUGUAUGUCAAUGUGUGUGUAUUUGUCGGUCAGUGAGUGUCAUGCAUAGUCAUCGUUGUAUCCCUAGUCUUUUUGUGUUUUUUUUUCCCCAGUGCCUCUUCUUGGAUUUUUUCUCCUUGUUUUUUUUUAUUUUUUAAGUUUUUGUUGUUUUUUUUUUUUUUUUCAUUUAGUUCUUCAUAAUUCUUUUUUUUUUUGGUCUGCUCAUGACAAAUAUGUUAAUAGGAAGGUUCGCUGGUGGCCUUGUGGUCUGAGUGCCUCACAUGUAAAGGCUUUAAUCUUCCCCCAGUAUCUGCUCUACACAUUUUCUGUCCACCCAAAUUAAACCUUUUAAAAAGUCUCGAAGAUAAUCUCUCAACCUGUCCAAUCACUUUUGGUUUCUUGCAGCGACUCCUUACAUGAACAAGUUGCAGUGUCCUGUACUUUGAGAACAAUUGUAUCCUGGCAAAAUAAAAUCUGUACCUGAUAUUUACCUGUGAUUUUAUUAAUAACAAAUCCAAAUAGUGCAUUUAGAUAAGCGCUUGUCCUGUUGUCCUACACUGUCAAUCAGUUAGGAGCUUAUUGGACAUGAGGAACCUCAAUGGGAUGACAAAAGCAGCGGUGGCCAGCAUAGGAGUGUCAUCAUCUGUUUUCAUGACUAAAAUAUCAUACAGUGUGAUACUAGAGUCAUCCUAUCUGUAAAUCAUGGUUUUAUAUUUCAAAAUAGAACAUGGAUUAAUUUUGAAUGACUUAUUUAUUUGUCCAAAGACAUGACUGUGGACACAAGUCUGCCUCUAAUAUUGGUUAUAGCUGAACAUGGUUGGGCAUUUUGUGGUGGCCAAUCACAUUUCAAGUGUGUGUGUGUUUGUGGUGAUGGGCCACACCUUGCCACACCCACUUUCAUACCUUCUUUAGUAUGUCAUUUGUGCUUUCUCUGAAAUAUCCUGUUUGUGCAGAGUUCAACUCUGCUGCUGAACUGAUUUUUAUUUUUUCAUUUUUGCACAAACAGGAAAUAAACUGUAACUAUUUCUAGAACCAGCAGGAUGUUUAACAUCUUUUCCUUUUGUAAGAAAUAAAUAACCAAAAGCAGAUAUUUUGAAUUGAAGUUUUAUUGACUCAGAUGGUAAAUGGCUGCAUAUUGUCCAAACUCAACAACACUGUCGGAGUAAAAAUGAGGAAAGAAAGGCAGCAGAGUAAGAUGUUGGUCACAUGAUCAGACUUAGUUGCUGGCCAUGGUGCUCUCCAGCCAGUCGUUGAAGAUGCAGACCUGUCAGUGGAGACAGAACAAGGUUUUAGCCCAACACUUGUCAUGAUUAAAUAUCACUUGUACUUAUUGUGAAGAGAUAGUGAAGGUUCACCUUGGCGUAGACACCGGGAUGGUCCCUCUCGGCACAUCCGUAUCCCCAGGACACAACACCCUGCAGCUGACCGUUGCACACAACGGGGCCACCGGAGUCACCCUGUGAAAAGAGAGCAAAGGGUGUCAAACAAGUCUCACUAAGAUUUUACAACAGUUAUUUCUGUCUGAAGACUGAAUGACAUACCUGGCAAGAGUCCUUGCCUCCCUCCAGGUAUCCAGCGCAGAACAUGGCAUCGGUGAUCAUGCCAGGGUAGGAGUUGUCGCAAUCCCUGUCGGACAGGAUGGGGAUGUUCAGGCACUGCAGCUUGUUCUUGUCAGCGGCUGAAAAUGGAGAGAGAAACUUAAAAAGGUCAAGCUGAUGUUUCAGUGCAGCACAGACUUACAUUUGAAGAAAACAAUGCAGGAUUCAUACUCACUGGAGCUCUGAGUGCUACCCCAGCCAGAGACCUUGCACAUGGUGCCAGCGGGAGCACAGCUGGUGGGCAGAGCCACGGGCUGCACGUACUGGUUGAGGGUGGCGGGCUUGCUCAGCUUGAUCAGCAUGAUGUCGUUGUCGAUGUUGUAGGAGCUGUACCUGGGGUGGCGGAUGACGCGGGAAGAGCCGAUGAACUGCUCGGUACCCUCGUUGAUCCUGAUGUGAUGCUCUCCAAGACGCACCUCAAUACGACUAAAAGAAAACCAAGACAAGAAGCCGAUUACACAUAAACAACCAUCAAACAUGAUGCUUUACACCCCAGGAAAACACAAAGACUGUGCUUACGACUUGUAGCAGUGAGCAGCAGACACAACCCAGUUCUCGUUCACCAGGGAGCCUCCACAGAAGUGGUAGCCAGAUUGCAGAGAGACCUGAUGGGGCUGGGAGUGGGGUGUGCACUCAUACCCUCCGACGAUCUUGUCGUCGUCAGUGGCGACUGAAAAUGCACAAGAGGCCCAAUAAUGAACAACCAAGAGAACAUUUUUUUAGAGCUCAGACAAGUACAAGUCAAUACAAGCAGAAGUUUGGGUGCUUACAGGCAGCUCCGAUGAGCAGAACGAAGACCAGAGACCUCAUGGUUGCUGAGUGAUCUUGUGGAUGAAGGUCUUAGGUUGGAGUCCUGGUUUAUAUAGGAUUGUUCCUCUCUCUAAACACACCCCCAUAGACGUUUUAAACCAAUCGAGAUCCUGGAAAAUUCUGGGUAAAGGAUAAGCAAAUAUUUGCUUUGCUGUGGGAUGGUGUGCACUGGAAUUCUGCACGAGUUAUUUGCUUGAAGUUUUUGGAGAAACAGGAAUACUGUUGUGUUAAAAUUGGCACAAUAAUGUAAAAAAACAUUCUUGGUACAACUCGCAUUGGCUGAAUGAUGUGAGGAAGAAAACAAUUUAUAUUUAUGUAAUAAUAUCUUAAAAUAAGGUGGGAAUUACCACAGUAUCUCAAUCAAACAUCAAAUGUGUCUUUAUAUGCAGAUGACUCUCUUUUGAUGUGUGAUUAUGUUGAAUUUGUGUAAGCAAGGGCACAUGAAGGAAUGGUUGACAUUGAAAUGGGUGGAUCUGUGCUGUUAAGGCUUGUCUGCAGCUCUGCAGAUGGCCUGAUUCACAACCAGAGGUUACUGAUUGUGGCUUUCACAGGAAAACCAGCCACGUAUUCUUUGCAGAAGCUGCAGCACUAUGACAACAUCCACGUAGAUAAAAUCUGUACAUCCAAACUCAACGUGAGACAGCUUUUCAGGGAAUAAACUUUACUUUCAUUGUGUCAAUAAAACAACUGAUUUUCAUUUUUCAAGCUCCUUUGAGGAAUUUUUGACAGAUUUAAAUUGACCUCUGUGCCUCUUUAUGAUCUGUAAAAGUGGACAAGACCAUCAUCCAAAGACUGAUUUCAACAUUUAGAUUGAAUAUUUCAUAUUUAGAUGACAUUUUAAUUGAACACCCAACAUCUAGAUUUAAUGGUCUUUAUAUGGUUUUAACAACAAAAAUACAUAUGACAAAGUCAAGAUAACACACACACACACACACACACACACACACACACACACACACACACACACACACAUUUGCUUUUGGGCAUUUGUUUACGGUGCACACAAUUACCAAUAAAACACAGCAGGUACACAGCUUCAUGCACAGGACCCAACCAACAACUGAGAGUGUUGUAGCCAAUAUGAUGCUUUUUAUUGUAAUGCAUGUUAUUGUGGUGUUACCAUGACAACCUGGGCAUAGGAGGGUUCCAGCCAAUGGUAGGUCACGUGAAGUUUACUUCAGGGUGUCACUGGGGCACAGGUGUCAGGGGUUGGUAAUCAGGCCACACAGUUUUUCAACCAUGUGGGCUGUAUUGAAGACUCAGAAGUGGCUAGAAGAUUAGUUUUAUUGUUUACUUUAAGAACCCCUCUAAGCAGUAACAUAGGCUUCCCACUGCUCCCUGCCCAGUUAAGCCCUCUUUCUUCUUUACUUCUGGUUUGUUAUUUGAUAUCUUGUUUAAUAUUGUUACUGCAGUGAUGUACAGUUGUUAUUGUUGUUGUGUGUGCGCGAUGUCAUUCAUACAGCGGAGAUAUAUGUUCUUUCAGUGUUGCUGUAAUUAGGCUGAUGUGUUUGUAUCAGUGCGCGUGUGAUUUGGUGCGAGCGUGUGUGUCUGCCUGUAGAGUGAGAGGAGAAAGUUUGAGAAGAGAAGACGAUCGGAGCAGCUUCGUGUGUCCAACAGAUUCAUUCAUUCCUUCGGUGAAGUUUUGUGUGAUUAAUAACCCGCACAACAAGUUGUUUUAGACCAGUGAAGAUUAUACCUAAAGAGGAACAAACGGACUUUGAACUGAAUUUAGUUCGCCGAUUAAUGUUAGCUCUCGUUUUCCCGACAGUGGCUAGCUAGGUCUCGCUAGCUGCGUCAUUGUCCUUCGUAUCCCAGCAAACGUUAACUGGCCCCAGUUUAAGGACUUAGUUCACCCCCUCCUCCUCCUCUGGACCACAUCUUCACCCCCUCCCCUCUUCACCAGAGAACAGUUUUUCCAUUCAUCUUCCGUGGACAUCUGAUCACACCAUCCCUCAACAUCGGGACCUCUCCACAGACCUCCAUCCUGACUGAAUCACAAUCCUCACAUCCUCCUCUGAGCUCCAACCCCGGGCAACAUUGGUACCAUUAGUUUUAGGAUUAGAUAAGGCUUAGUAUAGUUAGACAGGACAUAUUUUAGUGUAAGUUUUUAUAGUUAGACAGGACAUAUUUUAGUGUAAGUUUUAGUGAGUCAAUUGUGCAUUGUUUGUUUGUGUUAUAAUAAAUGUCUAUGUUGUUCCCUUUAUAUCCUUGUCCCUCCCCUGCUGUUUAGUGAGAGUCCACAGCAUCUUUGUCCAUAGUAAGGGACGCCAGGGAGCGGUGGCUAGCGCCCUACUGUACCUUACAGUUCUUAGUUAAAUUGUGGUCCUACGCUACAUGGGCGGUUGUUUGUUUUCAGUUGUUUUUGAGUUUAUUUUGGUUUAUUUUCAUGCCGCAAGUUGGUUGUUUAGUUUAUAGGUAACACCCGGCUUUGUUUACACUCCAUAUCACGCUGCAGCAUCUCCAAAUUAACUGUUUUAAAUGCACUGAAGACCUGGACUGUCAACUACUGCACACAUUGGAAACUUGGGCUCCACGCCAUCCCUCACCGGCAAGUUUUGUGGUUCUGAUUGCCUUUACAGAGAGGAAGUGCUCACCUAUAUAUCCUCCCUGAUCAGAUGCUACCAUAAACCAGGGUGCUAAAAACAUACAACUUUAUUUCUACUUAUCUUAAACCCCCAAACCUUAAAGAAUGAAUUGCCACAACUCCAGACUAAACUACCAUAUGUGACUCUGACUCAACUUAGUCACAUCCUCCCUGUAGUUUCUCCUCAGGAAUAUUGCACAUGGCCCUGUUCACCCCCAUACCAAUCUGCCUGUUGGAACCCCCCAGCACCUUAAAAGGCUGUUUGUUUCCCCUGGGUCUCAUUUACCAGCGCAACCUGGGAGUGCAGACAGAAAGGCACAGGUAAGUGUUCAGCAUAUUAACAACAGGUUAAACUUAAAAUUGCACCUUCCCUAUUUCACACUGCAUACAAAUCUGCACGGACUUCUCCGACUUAACCUAUAUUUCUCAGAGGUGGUGCGACUAAAUCAGCCCCAGCCACCGCACGACCAGUAAUCAUCUGCAAGCAACACACCAUUAAUCUGAAUAGACGUACUUUCACUGAAAUAUCUCUCAGAAUCAUCUGUUAACAUGUCGUGUUUAUUUUUCAUCUGUACAAUCCUACAAUGACCCUUCGAUUUAUACAAUGUCACCACUUGUUACUAGCUGCCUCAAUCCUGAGCUACCUGACAUACCAUAACGGAGGCGAUAUUUUUUCCGUAGGACGGUAUGGGAAGGUCCCGCCUCCUUUGCCUCUGAUUGGCUAGAAUAGCUGGAAACAUCAUCACACGCUCAAGCCAAAGUGUGUAAUGUACUGUCGGCUCUGUACAUUGAACAGAACAUUACAGAACAUUAUCGCUCUUCUGAAUCUCCUAACUCUAACCCUAAUCCUAACCCUAACCCGACAGAUGAUGACAUUUCACACACACAUACACACACACACACACACACACACACACACACACACACACACACACACACACACACACACACACACAGUAGUAUAUACCAUGUAAUGCCUUAUCCUUAUCAAAGCCUGUAUUGCACAGGCACCACUCAACAUAUUGCUCUAUGUCUUCAUGUGUUGCACUUUCCAUAUAAAAGCCUUGUUGUAGAAUUUCAGUUCACAAGUGUUGCUGUAAAGAAUAAAAAAAAGGGACUGAAAAAUUCAUACUAUGUUUUUUUUUAUGUCUAGAGCUCGAUGUGGAACAAUUUUGAGGAUGUUUUCAGCAUGUUAGGGCUGCAGCUAUCGAUUAUUUUAGUAAUCGAGUACUCUAUCGAUUAAUCUGUCGAUUAAUCGAGUAAUCGGAUAAGAAAUGUUUUGCUCUCACUGUAAUACUUUGCAUUGAAUCACGUUUGCCUCAUUAAAAACCAUCAGUAACACACAAAACUGAAAUAGGCCAGGUCUUUCAAAUGAAUAUUUUUACUGCAUAAAUCAGGAACCAAAAGUUUUACAUUUUACCAUGUAGUUCACAUGAAACUACUGAAGGCAAGGUCUGCAGAUGGUCUUUUAAUUGCUAUGGUAAUGAUCUUUGCAGUUUUCACUAAACCAGUCACAACUAUUUCCAGGCUUUGGAUCUAAUUUUACUUGUUUAAUUAAUAGGCUGAAAUAAUAUAAUUCUUGGAUACUAACAUAAUUUGACAAGCAAAUGUACAUUUAUUCAAUAUAUAAAAGUGUUACAUUUUUAUUUACAUGUUGUUGUGUGUUGGUCAUUUUGCAGCCCUCUGCUGCUCAUCACACGCCUAGCAGGUGGUGUAUAGCAUUAUCACCAUGGAUACACGGAUGUUUGUGUGAUUUUUUUCAUCCACUGCCGCCCGGUUUGUGUCGUGUAGAUGUUGAUUAUGAAAACACUUCGCAAUAAUUUGGAAACGUGAAGGGGGAGCUGCUGCUGCCCGGUGUUUACGGUAAAUAGACGCAAACACCGACCAAGUGGACGCUUCGGUCUCCGAAAACGCCGAGACAAAUUUACAAACAGCCACUAUUUCAAACAACUGGGCUCAUAAUCGUGAUGUAAACACUUACUUUCUCGCUAGAAAAAAUAUUAUUAUUGAAUGAAUUUAUAUAAUUUGUCCGGUAUGCAGUCGUUCUAUGUAGCUUGUGGUAGGACUAUUUAAAUUUUCCCGGCGCUGCGUCCGGCCGGCACGAAAUGCAUUCUGGGGUAUUUAGUAUGUAUGUGUGUAAACGCUCGGGCAGCCGCGGCAUACUCAAAUCAUCUUUGAGUAGUCAGUAGGCAGUAGCUACUGCUUGAGUAGGUAAGUAGAUAGCAGGCAGUAUGCCAUUUCGGACACAGCUUCUGUCUGUCCUCGUUUCCCUCCAUGAUUGAACCAAACGCGCGGCAGCGGAAGGAGCGGAAAGAGCACGCUUCUGCGCAACAGAAAUAACCAUCCGUGUCAAACACCGUGCGCUGCACAUGGUUCCGGAUUUAAACGAUUCCUCGAGGCAUAUAAUUUGCCUCGAGGAAUUUUAUUAAUCGAGUUACUCGAGUAAUCGUUUCAGCCCUACAGCAUGUGCAACUUUACAAAUGGCAUCCCAUGAGGAAGGUGUCAGAAGAUUGACAGGAUGCUGAAGAAACAGUCUCCAAAUUUCCACAGUGAGUGUCUGUUCAACAAAGAUGAAUGAGAGGAGAAGUACAAGUCAAUGGUACAAGUACAGUCAGGUGGCAUAUCAUAAAUGUCAUUAAAUGAGGCGGAGCAUUCAAAUUUGGAACAAUUUCUGUGGCUCAAAACAUAAAGAUGAUUUAAAGAGAGAAACAGACACAACAAAAAAUGUGAUUGUAAGAGCACAUUAAAAGCAUUGCUAAAAGAUACAUUAGAAAUACGAAGCAAAAGUAAAUGGACGGUUGGAAUAUAACAAUUACAUUGGUGAAUAACCUACAAGCAGAGGAAAGAAUAUGGUUUUUUAAAGAUUGUUUUUUGGAGGCUUUUAAUUCCUCUAUUUAGACGAUCUAGGGCAGCAGUUAAGAGUAGGGAGUAAGAGAAAGACUGGAGGGUGAUAGGUGGUAAAGGGACCAGCCAUGUUGAGAACCACAGACUCUUAACAUGGACGAGGGUUUAAUGGUUGAGCUAAACCAGCAUUCUUGCAUAAAUCAUAUUUACACGGACACAAAUAAUCGAAAUAGAUCGGUCUAAAAGCGCUUCAUGUAAAUAUGUCGAUUGGAAGAUUCUAAUCCAAUUCAGCUCAAUCGGAAAGAUAUUGUAUUCUGGGAUGAUUUAUACCGAUCGUUAUUCCGAAACGCGUCCAUGUAAACAUGACUUUCUUACCUGACUCAGUCUUUACUCUUUAGCCUUUGACUUAUUUAUCAAGGCCAGUACAGGAGGUUUCAUUAUAAUCACUCUGGCAUACAACACAACCAAAUGUGCCGUGCCUGCACUUCCGGUAACAUUACAAGGCAUACGUACAGCGUAAUGAUGUCAAAUCUGCACGGACAGAGCAACGUUUAACAGAACAGUAAAAUAAGUAAACAAGGGCGCCAUCUAGUGACAAUAUUUAACAGGAGGGAACAUCCUGAAUUGGAUGGAGUGAGCCACUACCGCGUUUGUUGGUUUGUUGAGAGCACAGGCGUCAAUACAACUCUUUUAGUCUUAGCGAAAUUAGACAACUCUGCGCAUGUCCAAGUGCCUCUAAUCUGAAUAAAACUUGAUGCAUGUCUACGCUCGUCAUGAUCGGAUAAUUUGAUUUUGCAUCCAUAUAAACAGUGGAUUCAGAUUAUCCGAUCCCUCAAAAUUUCAAUCGGAUCAAGAAAUUUUGCCCAUGUUAACGUGGUUCAAGGUUGAAGUAUGACUGAUGAAUGAAAAAUAACACUAUGAUAAAUUUAAGCUGACGGCUUGUGGUCUUUUCCUCACAACAAAGUUUUGAUUGGUCCUGAACCUGAAGGCGUAUCUGGAAAAAUUCUCAGACAUGCAAAACAAAAACAUACAAACAUUGUUGUUUAAAUGGCGUCUGGGGCUGACUCAAAGUUAAUCAAAUUAAAGUUGUUGGACUCAUUUGCUAAAACGUGUUUUUUCAUUGAAAGUAUCAUCUCCUUUCUUCAGGAGACCCGAAUCACUGCAGAAACUGUGUCCAUACAUGAGUCUGUGUUUGUGCUUGUGUGUGUUUGUGAUUUUUCUGUUUUUUUCUAGUUAUGAUAGGUAGAACUUAAAAACACUGUGUCCACUUCAAAGAGAGCUUGUCUAUCUAACCAACUAACUCCUCUUAACCUGGAAACACAGCUAUAAUAACAAUCCAGUUAGAUUUUUAAUAUGCCAUCUUUUCGAACCACACUUUCCUUGAAAAAAUGCCACAGACAGUAGACAUGCACGAUAUGCUUUAAGUUUCUUUUUUAUUGGUCACAAAGUCCAGUAUUACAGAUGGAACAUGUACAGUAAAUGGUGUUAUGCUGUUGGCUGGACUUGUUGGUGAUCUUUGAUCACUUAGUAGCUGGCCAUGGUGCUCUCCAGCCAGUCGUUGAAGAUGCAGACCUGUCAGUGGAGACAGAACAAGGUUUAAGCCCAACACUUGUCAUGAUUAAAUAUCACUUGUAAUUAUUGUGAAGAGAUAGUGAAGGUUCACCCUGGCGUAGACACCGGGAUGGUCCCUCUCGGCACAUCCGUAUCCCCAGGACACAACACCCUGCAGCUGACCGUUGCACACAACGGGGCCACCGGAGUCACCCUGUGGAAAGAGAGCAAAGGGUGUCAAACAAGUCUCACUAAGAUUUUACAGUUUUUUUCUGUCUGAAGACUGAAUGACAUACCUGGCAAGAGUCCUUGCCUCCCUCCAGGUAUCCAGCGCAGAACAUGGCCUCGGUGAUCAUGCCAGGGUAGGAGUUGUCGCAAUCCCUGUCGGACAGGAUGGGGAUGUUCAGGCACUGCAGCUUGUCACCGUCAUCGGCUGAAAAUGGAGAGAGAAACUUAAAGGUCAAGCUGAUGUUUCAGUGCAGCACAGACUUACAUUUGGAGUAAACAAUGCAGGAUUCAUACUCACCGGAGCUCAUGGUGUUACCCCAGCCAGAGACCUUGCACAUGGUGCCAGCGGGAGCACAGCUGGUGGGCAGAGCCACGGGCUGCACGUACUGGUUGAGGGUGGCGGGCUUGCUCAGCUUGAUCAGCAUGAUAUCGUUGUCAAGGUCCCAGGAGCUGUACCUGGGGUGGCGGAUGACGCGGGAAGAGCCGAUGAACUGCUCGGUACCCUCGUUGAUCCUGAUGUGAUGCUCUCCAAGACGCACCUCAACACGGCUAAAAGAAAACCAAGACAAGAAGCCGAUUACACACAAACAACCAUCAAACAUGACGCUUUACACCCCAGGAAAAAGCAAAGACUGUGCUUACGACUUGUAGCAGUGAGCAGCAGACACAACCCAGUUCUCGUUCACCAGGGAGCCUCCACAGAAGUGGUAGCCAGAAUUCAGAGAGACCUGAUGGGGCUCGGAGUGGGGUGUGCACUCAUACCCUCCGACGAUCUUGUCGUCGUCAAUGGCGACUGAAAAUGCACAAGAGGCCCAAUAAUGAACAACCAAGAGAACAUUUUUUAAGAGCUCAGACAAGUACAAGUCAAUACAAGCAGAGGUUUGGGUGCUUACAAGCAGCUCCGAUGAGCAGAACGAAGACCAGAGACCUCAUGAUUGCUGAGUGAUCUUGUGGAUGAAGGUCUUAGGUUGGAGUCCUGGUUUAUAUACGAUUGUUCCUCUCUCUAAACACACCCCCAUAGACGUUUUAAUCAAUCGAGAUCCUGGAAAAAAACAAUUCUGGGUAUUGGAUAAGCAAAUAUUUGCUUUGCUGUGGGGUGAUUUGCACUGGAGAGUAAUUCGCUUUAAGUUUUUGGAGAAACAGGAAUACUGUUUUGUUAAAAUUGGCGCAAUAAUGUGAAAAAACAUUCUUGGUACUACUUGCAUUGGCUGAAUGAUGUAAGGAAGAAAACAAUAUAUAUUUUAUUCAGUUUAGAGCUGGAUCUGGAACAAUUUUGCUGAUGUUUUCAGCAUGUGAACUUUACAAAUGGCAUCCCAUGAGGAAAGAGGUGUCUGAAGAUUGACAGGAUGCUGAAGAAACAGUCUCCAAAUUUCCACAGUGGGUGUCUGUUCAACAAAGACGAAUGAAAGGACAGUUUUUUUGUCAGCACACACAACCUUAACAUUUUCAGGACAAGAUCAGCAAAGAAGAGAGAUAAUAAUUAAGACACACAGUCAGUUUGAUUCCCAGAACAAAUUCAUAGAGUUUUGUUGAAUCUUUCUGAUAUCUGACCAAUCUACAAAAUACUUUGAACGUGUUACAGUGGCGUUGAUACAAUUUCACAUAACACAUGAUUAUGUCAAGUGUAGAGAGAGAUUGAAAGGGACAAGUGCAGGACCUGUUAAAACAUGACUGUCAUGUUAAGUAGGAUCUGAGAUACAUAAUAUCAUAUUCCCAUAACUAAUAUUGGGACAAAUAUUGCCCUGAUAUGUUUAGUUUUUCCCUGGUUUUGUUAUCUGAGUUUAUUUUUUUAAGUGUUUUUCCUUGUGUUUCUGUUCCCUAUUGUUCCUGUGAUCCAGUCUUGUGAGUUUUCAGUUUUUGUUUGACCUCGUUUCCCUCCUUUUCUCAGUGUUUUAUUCUUAAGAAAAUUUUUUUUUGUGUGUGUUUCUUGUUUUAUUUUGUAGUCGUUGAUUCCUUGUGUUUCUAGUCUGAUUUUACUUCCCUAGUUUUCUCUCCUUCGUUAAUCACCCAUGAGUUUCACCUGUGUCUCGUCUGCCUCACCUGUUGCUCGUUUUCCAGUGUGUAUAAAGUCCUUGUCUUCCACUCUGUCUUGUUGGUUCAUUGUAUGUCAAUGUGUGUGUAUUUGUCGGUCAGUGAGUGUCUUUCAUAGUCAUCGUUGUUGUAUUCCUAGUUUUUGUUGUUUUUUUUAUUUAGUUCUUCUUUAUAAUCAUUUUCUUGCUGCGACUCCUUACAUGAACAAGUUGCAGUGUCCUGUCCUUUGAGAACAAUUGUAUCCUGGCAAAAGUGAUAUGCACCUGUGAUUUUAUUAAUUACACAUCCAAAUAGUGCAUUUAGAUAAGUGCUUGUCCUGUUGUGUGCAGGUUUUUAUGUUUUUAGUCUACAGAUGUGCUGAGAGGGACCACCCUGGUGUCUCUGCUACAUACCACUUCUCUGCAUCUGCUGAAAAACCAUUACUCUGUUCUGUGCUGCUUUACUGCAGCAAACUGACUAAUGUUUUUCCAUUUCAGGUUUGUAUGCAGACUGAGCGGCUGACAGCACAAUGGCGGGCUAUUAACUCCACCAUUCAACCUGCACAACAGACAAAAUAACACAACAAAACUGAAUAACGCCAACAGCAACCUUCUUUUUUUCCUCUGCAGCAGGAGAAAUUCAAUAAAAAAUGCAUCUGAAAUGUUAAACUUAUGCAAUGUUUGUUUUUCAAACACAUUUUUAGACACACAAUUGCACUAAAGAUAAAUAUCUAAUCACACAUACAUAGAUUUUCAGGAGGCUGCAGGUCAUUAUUGUUGAUCAGAGAGUAAAAAGAAAGGAAAAGAAAAAUAAAUCAAAUAAAAUGAAGAAACUGUUAUUCUUUCAUGUUUCAUCAAUUGGUAUGCAGACUUCUAAAAAUCAACGUUUAUAUGACUCAGCCAUCACUUUAUCGUGUUUCAUGUAACAAAAUGUCAAACUUUUUUUCUCUGACCAGCAGAGUGACGGCAAAAUAAAAAAAAACUUAUAAAGGAAUUAAAUAGUACAGAUGAUUUAUUACUCUUUUUCAAGGUUUUUAUUACCAUCAUGGACUAAGAGAAACAACUUAAUGAGCCUAUUGGUUUUGUAAAAUAGGCAGUCUUGCACAUUUGAUAUUUUUGAGAAGAUUUUUUUUUUAACCUUUGUACUGAAACGUGCUCUGAAAUAAAAGCUACAAAGAUAACCAUUUGAAGGCAGUCUCAGCCUUCAUAUCUGCUUUUGGUGUGUUAGAAACAGAUGCUGAGAAUCACACAGCUGUGAGAUGUUCUCACAUGUCUAAAUAUAGAGUAGCUGUGUACCUGUUUAACCUGACCAGAAAAAACACGACUCGACUUUUGACAUACAAGUGAUGGACUUAAACUGUUAUAAAAGUAGCAUAAAAAAUCUUUAAAAAAAUCCUGAAAAUAAGCAGCUAAAUCUUUGUGAAAAAUGUAUCCAGGUUGUAACAUACUUUUUUAACUACCACACGUUUGAGCAAGUGAUCUACGUCAUUUAUGUACUUAGAGAGCGAGAAAAAAAACACGUAUCAGAGAAAUUUUCAUGCAUUUUUUAACUCUACAAAAAAGUAAUAAGGUCUGCACACCAGGAACCUCCCGCUGAGGGAUUUAUUUACCACCAGUGGCAUUUUGAGCCGACAUGAUUGAAGCAAUUUCCAUCUAUCCACAACUGUGCAGAGUAUCAACAACUCAGAACAUACACUCCUGAUCAAAAUCUUAAGACCACUUAAAAAACUGCAAGAAUUUAUAUUCAGCACUGUUGGACCUUGAGACGGUUCUUCAUAGAGCUUCAAAAUGCAAAAAGAAGAAAUAGGAACAAGAGACCAAAAGUUCUGAGCAGGUAAUUUAUCGAAAACAACAAUUUAACUGAAAUUGGCUGUUCAUCAGCUGAUCAAAAGUUUAAGACCACAGCUCAAAAAAACCUAAACACCUCCAAAAACAGAAAUUAAAGUGUCAAAAACUGACUCAGUAAUGAGUAGCUCCACAAUUAUUGUUGAUUACUUCAAAAAUUCGUUUUGGCAUGCUUGAUACAAGGGUUUCCAAAAGGCUAGUGGGAAUGUUGCUCCAAGUGGUAAAGAUGGCUUCACGGAGGGCAUCCACUGUCUGGAACUGAUGUUCAUUUUUAUAAAUCUUUCUUGCCAUCCAUCCCCAAAUGUUCUCAAUUGGAUUUAGAUCAGGGGAACAUGCAGGAUGGUCCAAAAGAGUGAUGCUAUUCUCCUGGAGAAAGUUCUUGGUCAGACGGGCCUUGUGAAUUGUAGCGUUGUCCUGCUUAAAAACUCAGUCAUUGCCACACAGACGAGGGCCCUCAGUCAUGAGGAAUGCCCGCUGCAACAUCUCCACAUAGCCAGCUGCUGUUUGACGCCCCUGCACAACCGGGAGCUCCACUGUUCCAUUAAAGGAGAAAGCAUCCCAGAUCAUGAUGGUGCCCCCUCCACUGUGUCGCAUAGAAAACAUCUCAGGUGGCAUCUCCUUGGCAUGCCAGUAGCAUUGGAAGACAUUAGGACCAUCGAGGUUAAAUUUUUUCUCAUCAGAGAAUAAAACUUUCUUCCACCUUUGAAGGUCCCAUGUUUGGUGCUCCCUCGCAAAGCCCAAACGGGCAAUUUUGUGGCAUUGAAGGAGACGUGGCCUUUGAAGACGUUUUUUGUUUUUGAAGCCCUUCCUUCGCAGAUGUCGUCUGAUUGUUAUUGGGCUGCAGUCAGCACCUGUAAUGGCCUUAAUUUGGGAUGAGGAUCGUCCCACGUCUUGAUAGACACACAUUCGGAUCCUCCGGCUCAGCGCUGGUGAGAUUUUUUGGGGUCUACCACUUGAUUUUUUUGUUCCAGAACCCUCCGGAUCUUUUAAGAAAUGAAAAAUAACGGCCUUACUGCGUCCAACCUCAGCAGCGAUGGCACGUUGUGAGAGGCCUUUUUUAUGCAGCUCAACAAUCCAACCACAUUCAAAAGCAGUGAGCUUUUUUGCCUUUGCCAUCAAGAGAUGCUGACAGUGUGACCCCUUGACAAGAAAUGAUAUGGAAUCCAAAUUUUCGCACAGAUUUGGGCUUUUAAAGGCUGUGGUCUUAAACUUUUGAUCAGCUGAUGAACAGCCUAUUUCAGUUAAAUUGUUGUUUUCAAUAAAUUACCUGCUCAAAACUUUUGGUCUCUUGUUCCCAUUUCUUCUUUUUGCAUUUUGAAGCUCUACUAAGAACCGUCUUAAGGUCCAACAGUGCUAAAUAUAAAUUCUUGCAGUUUUUUAACUGGUCUUAAGAUUUUGAUCAGGAGUGUAUUAGUAAAGAGUGGAGAGUCUCUAAUAAGUAAUAUAUUAGAUACGGCUGUAAAGGGUUAAGUGUAUGAAUAGAUGCAUGUGAACAGGCUGAAACUGAUCAACUAUUUAGCUGUUGCAGAUGUUGGUAAUAAAUUAAUGAUUAAAUAAAUAAAAAACAGUUGCUAACUAAUCCAUAUAACCCUCCUUCCCUUUUUCAUCUUUUUAAAUUUGCUGACUUGCACGCCAUCCUGACUUUAAUUUUUAUCUUAUCACGUAAAUAAAACAUUUCAUCCCAGAAUCCCGCUGCAGUGAUUGGCUCUUCACUAACCAAUGAGCACAACCACAGAGCAGGGCAGCUCUCCAGGUCGUGUAUAUAAACCAGGACUCCAACCUAAGACCUUCAUCCACAAGAUCACUCAGCAACCAUGAGGUCUCUGGUCUUCGUUCUGCUCAUCGGAGCUGCCUGUAAGCACCCAAACCUCUGCUUGUAUUGACUUGUACUUGUCUGAGAUCUUAAAAAAAUGUUCUCUUGGUUGUUCAUUAUUGGGCCUCUUGUGCAUUUUCAGUCGCCAUUGACGACGACAAGAUCGUCGGAGGGUAUGAGUGCACACCCCACUCCCAGCCCCAUCAGGUCUCUCUGAAUUCUGGCUACCACUUCUGUGGAGGCUCCCUGGUGAACGAGAACUGGGUUGUGUCUGCUGCUCACUGCUACAAGUCGUAAGCACAGUCUUCAUGUUUUCCUGGGGUGUAAAGCGUCAUAUUUGAUGGUUGUUUGUGUGUAAUCGGCUUCUUGUCUUGAUUUUUCUUUUAGCCGUGUUCAGGUGCGUCUUGGAGAGCAUCACAUCAGGAUCAAAGAGGGUACCGAGCAGUUCAUCAGCUCUUCCCGCGUCAUCCGCCACCCCAGGUACAGCUCCUACAACAUCGACAACGACAUCAUGCUGAUCAAGCUGAGCAAGCCCGCCACCCUCAACCAGUACGUGCAGCCCGUGGCUCUGCCCACCAGCUGUGCUCCCGCUGGCACCAUGUGCAAGGUCUCUGGCUGGGGUAACACCAUGAGCUCCAGUGAGUAUGAAUCCUGCAUUGUUUUCUUCAAAUGUUUUCUUCAAACAGCAGCUUGACCUUUUUAAGUUUCUCUCUCCAUUUUCAGCCGCUGACGGUGACAAGCUGCAGUGCCUGAACAUCCCCAUCCUGUCCGACAGGGAUUGCGACAACUCCUACCCUGGCAUGAUCACCGAUGCCAUGUUCUGCGCUGGAUACCUGGAGGGAGGCAAGGACUCUUGCCAGGUAUGUCAUUCAGUCUUCAGACAGAAAAAAACUGUUGGAAAAUCUUAGUGAGACUUGUUCGACACCCUUUGCUCUCUUUUCACAGGGUGACUCCGGUGGCCCCGUUGUGUGCAACGGUCAGCUGCAGGGUGUUGUGUCCUGGGGAUACGGAUGUGCCGAGAGGGACCAUCCUGGUGUCUACGCCAAGGUGAACCUUCACUAUCUCUUCACAAUAAGUACAAGUGAUAUUUAAUCAUGACAAGUGUUGGGCUAAAACCUUGUUCUGUCUCCACUGACAGGUCUGCAUCUUCAACGACUGGCUGGAGAGCACCAUGGCCAGCUACUAAGUGAUCAAAGAUCACCAACAAGUCCAGCCAACAGCAUAACACCAUUUACUGUACAUGUUCCAUCUGUAAUACUGGACUAUGUGACCAAUAAAAAAGAAACUUAAAGCAUAUCGUGCAUGUCUACUGUCUGUGGCAUUUUUUCAAGGAAAGUGUGGUUCGAAAAGAUGGCAUAUUAAAUAUCCAACUGGAUUGUUAUUAUAGCUGUGUUUCCAGGUUAAGAGGAGUCAGUUGGUUAGAUAGACAAGCUCUCUUUGAAGUGGACACAGUGUUUUUAAGUUCUACCUAUCAUAACUAGAAAAAAACAGAAAAAUCACAAACACACACAAGCACAAACACAGACUCAUGUAUGGACACAGUUUCUGCAGUGAUUCGGGUCUCCUGAAGAGAGGAGAUGAUACUUUCAAUGAAAAAACACGUUUUAGCAAAUGAGUCCAACAACUUUAAUUUGAUUAACUUUGAGUCAGCCCCAGACGCCAUUUAAACAACAAUGUUUGUGUGUUUUUGUUUUGCAUGUCUGAGAAUUUUUCCAGAUACGCCUUCAGGUUGAGGACCAAUCAAAUGUUACCGGAAGAGCAGGCACGGCACAUUUGGUUGUGUUGUAUGCCAGAGUGAUAAUAAUGAAACCUCCUGUACUGGCCUUGAUAAAUAAGUCAAAGGCUAAAGAGUGAGGAGAGAGUCAGGUAAGAGAGUCAUGUUUACAUGGACGCGUUUCGGAAUAACGAUCGGUAUAAAUCAUCCCGGAAUACAAUAUCUUUCCUAUUGAGCUGAAUUGGAUUAGAAUCUUCCGAUCGACAUAUUUACAUGAAGCGUUUUUAGUCCGAUCGGGUAUUUAUUCCGAUUAUUUAUGUCCUUGUAAAUAUGGUUUCUGCAAGAAUGCUGGUUUAGCUCAACCAUUAAACCCUCGUCCAUGUUAAGAGUCUGUGGUUCUCAACAUGGCUGGCCCCUUUACCACCUAUCACCCUCCAGUCUCUCUCUUACUCCCUACUCUUAACUGCUGCCCUAGAUCGUCUAAAGAGAGGAGUAUAAAGCCUCCAAAAAACAAUCUUUAAAAAAACAUAUUCUUUCCUCUGCUUAUAGGUUAUUCAUCAAUGUACUAAUUAUUGUAUUCAAACUGUCCAUUUCCUUUUGCUUCGUAUUUCUAAUGUAUCUUUUAGCAAUGCUUUUAAUGUGCUAUUACAAUCACAUUUUUUGUUGUGUCUGUUUCUCUCUUUAAAUCAUCUUUAUGUUUUGAGCCACAGAAAUUGUUCCAAAUUUGAAUGCUCUGCCUCAUUUGCCCAAUGUUCUGCCACCCGACUGUACUUGUACCAUUGACUUGUACUUUGUCCUCCUUUCAUUCGUCUUUGUUGAACAGACACUCACUGUGGAAAUUUGGAGACUGUUUCUUCAGCAUCCUGUCAAUCUUCUGACACCUUCUUCCUCAUGGGAUGCCAUUUGUAAAGUUGCACACGCUGAAAACAUCAGCAAAUUGUUCCACAUCGAGCUCUAGACAUAAAAAAAAAAACAUAGUAUGAAUUUUUCAGUCCCUUUUUUUUUAUUCUUUACAGCAACACUUGUGAACUGAAAUUCUACAACAAGGCUUUUAUAUGGAAAGUGCAACACAUGAAGACAUAGAGCAAUAUGUUCCAGCAUGCAAUACAUGAGUGGUGCCUGUGCAAUACAGGCUUUGAUAAGGAUAAGGCAUUACACGGUAUAUACUACUGUGUGUGUGUGUGUGUGUGUGUAACAGAGGUCUCUCCAGUCUCUGUUACGUGAAAAAAAAAAAUUUGUAGGAUGGUAGAAGAAAGUCCUACUUUGCUGAUUGGUUAUUCCUUAUGGCUGUGAAAUGUCAUCGUCUGUCGGGUUAGGGGUAGGAUUAGGGUUAGAGUUAGGAGAUUCAGAAGAGCGAUAAUGUUCUGUAAUGUUCUGUUCAAUGUACAGAGCCGACAGUACAUUAUACACUUUGGCUUGAGCGUGUAAUGAUGUUUCCAGCUAUUCUAGCCAAUCAGAGGCGAAGGAGGCGGGACUUUCCCAUACCGUCCUACGGAAAAAAUAUCGCCUCCGUUAUGGUAUGUCAGGUAGCUCAGGAUUGAGGCAGCUAGUAACAAGAGGUGACAUUGUAUAAAUCGAAGGGUCAUUGUAGGAUUGUACAGAUGAAAAAUAAACACGACACGUUAACAGAUGAUUCUGAGAGAUAUUUCAGUGAAAGUACGUCUAUUCAGAUUAAUGGUGUGUUGCUUGCAGAUGAUUACUGGUCGUGCGGUGGCCGGGGCUGAUUUAGUCGCACCACCUCUGAGAAAUAUAGGUUAAGUCGGAGAAGUCCGUGCAGAUUUGUAUGCAGAGUGACAUAGGGAAGGUGCAAUUUUAAGUUUAACCUGUUGUUAAUAUGCUGAACACUUACCUGUGCCUUUCUGUCUGCACUCCCAGGGUGCGCUGGUAAAUGAGACCCAGGGGAAACAAACAGCCUUUUAAGGUGCUGUGAGGGUUCCAACAGGCAGAUUGGUAUGGGGGUGAACAGGGCCAUGUGCAAUAUUCCUGAGGAGAAACUACAGGGAGGAUGUGACUAAGUUGAGUCAGAGUCACAUAUGGUAGUUUAGUCUUGAGUUGUGGCAAUUCAUUCUUUAAGGUUUGGGGGUUUAAGAUAAGUAGAAAUAAAGUUGUAUGUUUUUAGCACCCUGGUUUAUGGUAGCGUCUGAUCAGAGAGGAUAUAUAGGUGAGCACUUCCUCUCUGUAAAGGCAAUCAGCACCACAAAACUUGCCGGUGAGGGAUGGCAUGGAGCCCAAGUUUCCAAUGCGUGCAGUAGUUGACAGUCCAGGUCUUCAGUGCAUUUAAAACAGUUAAUUUGGAGAUGCCGCAGCGUGACAUGGAGUGUAAACAAAGCCGGGUGUUAACUAUAAACUAAACAACCAACUUGCGGCAUGAAAAUAAACCAAAAUAAACUCAAAAACAGCUGAAAACAAACAACCGCCCACAUGGUUGAAAAACUGUGUGGCCUGAUUACCAACCCCUGACACCUGUGCCCCAGUGACACCCUGAAGUAAACUUCACGUGACCUACCAUUGGCUGGAACCCUCCUAUGCCCAGGUUGUCAUGGUAACACCACAAUAACAUGCAUUCCAAAAAAAGCAUCAUAUUGGCUACAACACUCUCAGUUGUUGGUUUGGUCCUGUGCAUGAAGCUGUGUACCUGCUGUGUUUUAUUGGUAAUUGUGUGCACCGUAAACAAAUGCCCAAAAGCAAAUGUGUGUGUGUGUGUGUGUGUGUGUGUGUUAUCUUGACUUUGUCAUAUGUAUUUUUGUUGUUAAAACCAUAUAAAGACCAUUAAAUCUAGAUGUUGGGUGUUCAAUUAAAAUGUCAUCUAAAUAUGAAAUAUUCAAUCUAAAUGUUGAAAUCAGUCUUUGGAUGAUGGUCUUGUCCACUUUUACAGAUCAAAAAGAGGCACAGAGGUAAAUUUAAAUCUGUCAAAAAUUCCUCAAAGGAGCUUGAAAAAUGAAAAUCUGUUGUUUUAAUGACACAAUGAAAGUAAAAGUUUAUUCUCUGAAAAGCUGUCUCACGUUGAGUUUGGAUGUGCAGAUUUUAUCUACGUGGAUGUUGUCAUAGUGCUGCAGCUUCUGCAAAGAAUACGUGGCUGGUUUUCCUGUGAAAGCCACAAUCAGUAACCUCUGGUUGUGAAUCAUGCCAUCUGUAGAACUGCAGGCAAGCCUUGACAGCACAGAUCCACCCAUUUCAAUGUCAACCAUUCCUUCAUGUGCCCUUGCUUACACAAAUUCAACAUAAUCACACAUCAAAAGAGAGUCAUCUGCAUAUAAAGACACAUUUGAUGUUUGAUUGAGAUACUGUGGUAAUUCCCACCUCAUUUUAAGAUAUUAUUGCAUAUAUAUAAAUUGUUUUCUUCCUCACAUCAUUCAGCCAAUGCAAGUUGUACCAAGAAUGUUUUUUUACAUUGUUGUGCCAAUUUUAACACAACAGUAUUCCUGUUUCUCCAAAAACUUAAAGCAAAUAACUCGUGCAGAAUUCCAGUGCACACCACCACACAGCAAAGCAAAUAUUUGCUUAUCCUAUACCCAGAGUUUUCCAGGAUCUCGAUUGGUUUAAAACGUCUAUGGGGGUGUGUUUAGAGAGAGGAACAAUCGUAUAUAAACCAGAACUCCAACCUAAGACCUUCAUCCACAAGAUCACUCAGCAACCAUGAGGUCUCUGGUCUUCGUUCUGCUCAUCGGAGCUGCCUGUAAGCACCCAAACUUCUGCUUGUAUUGACUUGUACUUGUCUGAGCUCUUAAAAAAUGUUCUCUUGGUUGUUCAUUAUUGGGCCUCUUGUGCAUUUUCAGUCGCCACUGACGACGACAAGAUCGUCGGAGGGUAUGAGUGCACACCCCACUCCCAGCCCCAUCAGGUCUCUCUGCAAUCUGGCUACCACUUCUGUGGAGGCUCCCUGGUGAACGAGAACUGGGUUGUGUCUGCUGCUCACUGCUACAAGUCGUAAGCACAGUCUUUGUGUUUUCCUGGGGUGUAAAGCGUCAUGUUUGAUGGUUGUUUAUGUGUAAUCGGCUUCUUGUCUUGGUUUUCUUUUAGUCGUAUUGAGGUGCGUCUUGGAGAGCAUCACAUCAGGAUCAACGAGGGUACCGAGCAGUUCAUCGGCUCUUCCCGCGUCAUCCGCCACCCCAGGUACAGCUCCUACAACAUCGACAACGACAUCAUGCUGAUCAAGCUGAGCAAGCCCGCCACCCUCAACCAGUACGUGCAGCCCGUGGCUCUGCCCACCAGCUGUGCUUCCGCUGGCACCAUGUGCAAGGUCUCUGGCUGGGGUAGCACUCAGAGCUCCAGUGAGUAUGAAUCCUGCAUUGUUUACUUCAAAUGUAAGUCUGUGCUGCACUGAAACAUCAGCUUGACCUUUAAGUUUCUCUCUCCAUUUUCAGCUGCUGACAAGAACAAGCUGCAGUGCCUGAACAUCCCCAUCCUGUCCGACAGGGAUUGCGACAACUCCUACCCUGGCAUGAUCACCGAUGCCAUGUUCUGCGCUGGAUACCUGGAGGGAGGCAAGGACUCUUGCCAGGUAUGUCAUUCAGUCUUCAGACAGAAAAAAACUGUUGGAAAAUCUUAGUGAGACUUGUUCGACACCCUUUGCUCUCUUUUCACAGGGUGACUCCGGUGGCCCCGUUGUGUGCAACGGUCAGCUGCAGGGUGUUGUGUCCUGGGGAUACGGAUGUGCCGAGAGGGACCAUCCCGGUGUCUACGCCAAGGUGAACCUUCACUAUCUCUUCACAAUAAUUACAAGUGAUAUUUAAUCAUGACAAGUGUUGGGCUUAAACCUUGUUCUGUCUCCACUGACAGGUCUGCAUCUUCAACGACUGGCUGGAGAGCACCAUGGCCAGCAACUAAGUGAUCAAAGAUCACCAACAAGUCCAGCCAACAGCAUAACACCAUUUAAUGUACAUGUUCCAUCUGUAAUACUGGACUAUGUGACCAAUAAAAAAGAAACUUAAAGCAUA